AUGGCUCAGCAGGGAGUUCUGCUGGACCAGGACCAGUUCUGUUGUUCUGUCUGUCUGGAUCUACUGAAGGAGCCAGUCACCAUCCCCUGUGGACACAGUUACUGUAGGAGCUGUAUUGAGGGCUGCUGGGAUCAGGAUGUUCUGAAAGGGGUCUAUAGCUGUCCUCAGUGCAGAGAGACCUUCACUCCAAGGCCUAAUCUGAGGAAAAAUAACAUGUUGGCUGAGUUGGUGGAGAAACUGAAGAAGACAGGACUCCAGGCUGCUCCCCCUCCUGCUCUGUGCUAUGCUGGACCUGGAGAUGUGGCGUGUGAUUUCUGCACUGGGACCAGAAAGCAGAAAGCCCUCAUGUCCUGUCUGGUGUGUCUGGCCUCUUACUGUGAGACUCACCUCCAACCUCACUAUGAAUCUCCUGCUUUCAAGAAGCACAAGCUGGUCAAAGCCACCGCACAACUACAGGAGAAGAUCUGCUCUGAUCAUGACAAACUACUGGAGGUUUACUGUCGUACCGAUCAGCAGUGUAUCUGUUAUCUGUGUACAAUGGAUGAACAUAAAGGCCAUGAUACAGUGUCAGCUGCAGCAGAGAGGACUGAGAAACAGCUGCUGUCUCUCUGUACCUGCCUGUCCAGGAGUGGGGACAAGGCCUGGUGGACCUGGAGAGCAGGGUGGCAGCGUUCUGACUCAAAGCAGCGCAGAGGAUUCUGUACCGUACGGAGUGUCAGCCCAGUGGUCUCCCGAGGCCUGCACCGCUCCAACCCAGUGGUCUCCCGAGGCCUGCACCGCUCCAACCCAGUGGUCUCCCGAGGCCUGCACCGCUCCAACCCAGUGGUCUCCCGAGGCCUGCACCGCUCCAACCCAGUGGUCUCCCGAGGCCUGCACCGCUCCAACCCAGUGGUCUCCCGAGGCCUGCACCGCUCCAACCCAGUGGUCUCCCGAGGCCUGCACCGCUCCAACCCAGUGGUCUCCCGAGGCCUGCACCGCUCCAACCCAGUGGUCUCCCGAGGCCUGCACCGCUCCAACCCAGUGGUCUCCCGAGGCCUGCACCGCUCCAACCCAGGUAGGACCUGUUAA